GAGGCUGAUAUGACCUCGCAACGCUUCACCUUUGUCAAUGUUACUGCUCCUCAAGACGCGGCAAGCGAAGGGAACAAGAAACGAAUCCGCUCCGCCGCUGCAGCAUCCGGAUGGGCCCAGGGUGCUCGCCCCAAAAACCAUCCAAAGUCCUCUAGCCCAUCAGAAGAUCCUCGCUUUGCUUAUCCUGUCGAUGUGACGAACUUGUUGGAGGUGUCACAAAAGUCCGAAGGCUCGAACAACUUGGAUCCUAUCCCCACACGGAACCCCUCUUCCAUUCCAGAUCGCAAAUUCAUCUGGGAGUCGGCCAACGCUCGGAAAACCUUUACCACCAAGUCUGGUCCUACAGAGCUGUCAGAUGACCUGAUACGAUCAAACAUAAAAAGGAAACGGACUCCACGUAGCAGUCAGACUUCGAGUUUGAGUUCUCGCAAACGAACACAUGUAAACUCUUCUUCGGCUUCGGCGUCUUCACAAUCGGUAGUCGCAAGUCCUACAACAGCUGUUUCGACAUGGAUAUCCUCGAUAGAGACACCAGAUUCCACCUUGCCUACUUCAAGCUCUGGGCUUGUGAGCCCCUUCGAUCUGGGUAGUGGCAGUCACGAUGCUUUCAAUUGCUAUCCGGUGCUCAGCCAGCCAUGGUUUGACAGAGUUCUACACCACAUGAUGACGGUCUUUGCUCCCCGUGGCUGGCCCACGUUGGGUAUCACUCACGAACAAGGACUCAAAUGGGAACGAUUCAUGACCCAACACGCCCUUGCGGAUCCUGCUCUGUUCAAUGUCCGGCUACUCUUCGCAUCUGGCGACCUGAUACGCUUGAAGGUCUUGCCGCCUGAGACAGCACUUUGGUUACGAGACCAAGCAGUCAGAUCCAUCAAUGAAGCUCUCGAUGACCCUGUUCGCGCAAUUAGUGAUCCAUUAAUCCUGGCCGUUGGUCGCAUUGCUCUGCACGAGUCAAUGUAUGGAGAUAGGAGUGCCGCCAGUUUAAUACACCGACCUGCGCAACAACGAAUGAUCAUGAUGCGAGGUGGAAUGGGUGCCCUUGAGUUCCCAGAACUUGUCAAGAGGUUGAUGAGGUGGGCCGACCGGGUCAUGGCGUUGCAGAGCGAUACACCACGUCUGCUCCCAGACCAAGACACUGAUCGGUCNUUUUCAAUCGAUCAGAGUGUUGAUGUUCUGGAAAAGUGGAUGCCUCAGGAAGGCGUCUCCCUACGCGACAAGUGCUCGCGACUGAAUCACUUGCGUUCCCUCUCCGAGAACACUUUGGAAACACACAUCCUGAUGGAGCCUCUCUAUCUGCCAGAUCUCGAGGAACGGACACUAGCCAGAUUCGAUGAACUCGCNAAAAAGGAAAAGAUAUUCUACGAGGAAGCCAACUCCGAAUUGAUCACGGUCAAUGGAUUCGAUAGGAAACCGAUCCUUCCUGCCAAUGCACCUAGCAGAUCAAAAGCUGGUGGCCCGUUUGUCAAUCCAGAUCCUGAGGAAGUUGUGACGGAUCUUGGUUCUACUCAUCGUCUGCUAGUCAACAAGUAUGGCAUCUUUCGACCAAUGACUGUUAUACCGACUAGGCACUAUGCGCUUCAAACCGAUGACCUUGACCUUUCGGAUAUCAAUGCGGCUUGGUCUGUCUUGAAAGCGUUCCAGACGCCGUCUUUGAUCAUCUACAAUUGUGGUAUCAACGCUGGAUCGUCGCAAGGUCACAAGCAUACUCAGGUCUUUCCUUUGCCUGGUCAUCAACUGUGGCCUACCAAGGCUGCUUCUNNGCUAAUACAACCAGCCAUCUCUACCGAUAUUGAGCAUGUGCCUUUCAAGCAUUAUGUUCUCCGUCUACCGGGGGAUGCUGAUGCAAACACUGUCUACGAAAGAUACCUUCGCCUUCUUGACGCAUCUCGCGAAGUGCUAGCAAGGGCAGGUGAAGGCAGUCGAGACUACAAUGUAGCUAUGACUGCAGACUGGAUUACGGUCAUACCGCGUCGAACCAGUGAUGGACCUUACGGGGCGAAUGCAGCCGGUAUGCUGGGCAUUGUGUAUCUGCCCGAUCAAGAAGAGCGAGACAAAUGGACUCAGCUCGACUAUACAAAGCAACUCGUAGCCUUCGGUAUACCAAUUGACGUGUGA